UCCUGGUCACGUGCUCCAGCAACACGUCACGGACCUAAGUGUGACAGUGAAGUCGCCCUCUUUCUGACUGUGGAGUACAGGAUUUGAAUCUGUAUGCUACAGGUCAUUCCAGCGAUUUGCCAGAAAACAAAAGUUUUGUGAGGAGCAGACCGAAAUUUUCAGGCAAAAAUCAGGACAUUCUGUGAAAAUCUGGAUAGUUGAGAGAUUGCUGUGACUGGAUAAAUCAUGAUACAUCCUAAGAAGUACAUCAUCUUCAAUUACGCAGUUUUUAUAUUUCUUAUUCCCCUUCUUCAGUUGUGCACUGGAAAACCAAUGCAAGUCCAUAGUGGUGGUGGUGAGAGAAGUCUUGAAGACAUCAGUAUGGAAAUUGCGGGCUAUUCCGGUGUUGUUAAAGACAUUAUUAACCUCACAGUCUAUGGAAAAGCUCAAAACAGAUCCUAUAACAGACUUGCUCUUUUCACUGACACAAUAGGGAAUCGAGUUAGUGGCUCAGAAAAUCUAAACAAAGCCAUCAAGUACAUGUAUAAUGCUCUGCAGAGCGACAAACUGGAAAAUGUCAAUCUGGAGCCUGUGAAGGUACCUCACUGGGUAAGAGGAGAAGAAUCUGCCAUGAUGCUGGAACCGAGGAACUACAGUGUUGUGAUACUGGGUCUGGGAAGUAGCAUUGGUACUCCUCCAGAAGGUAUUACAGCUGAAGUCUUAGUCGUGGCCUCGUUUGAUGAGUUGGAGAAGAGAGCUGCUGAAGCCAAAGGAAAAAUAGUUGUUUAUAACCAGGCUUUUGUAAACUAUGGUGAAACUGUGCAAUACAGAUCAUUUGGGGCUGUACGAGCUGCAAAACACGGAGCUGUGGCAUCUCUUAUACGAUCAAUUACACCCUUCUCAAUUUCUAGCCCACAUACAGGGUGGCAGGAUUACAGCUCUGAUGUCCCCAAAAUUCCCACUGCCUGCAUUACAGUGGAAGAUGCUGAGAUGAUGGCUCGUAUGGCUUCCCGUGGCACCAAGAUUGUUAUCAACCUCAAAAUGGGGGCCAAGACCUACCCUGAUGCUGACUCGUUCAAUACAGUGGCAGAAAUUACUGGCAGCAAGUUCCCAGAGCAGGUGGUACUCAUCAGUGGACACCUGGACAGCUGGGAUGUGGGACAAGGAGCCAUGGAUGAUGGUGCUGGUGCGUUCAUAUCAUGGGAGGCACUUUCACUGAUUAAGGACCUUGGUCUUCGUCCAAAGAGGACACUUCGUCUGGUUCUGUGGACAGGAGAAGAACAAGGUGGCGUUGGUGCUAGUCAGUACUACCAGCUACAUAAGGUUAAUAUCUCUAAGUAUAGUUUGGUCAUGGAAUCAGAUAUUGGCACAUUUGCACCCUUUGGAAUACGGUUUACUGGUGGUGAUAAAGCCCAUGCUGUCAUGAAGGCAGUGAUGCAGUUGCUGAAGCCAAUUAAUGUUACAUCAGUUGAUCCUUAUGGUGAAGGAACAGACAUCAGUUACUGGCUACAAGCUGGUGUGCCAGGUGUCAGUUUAAAUGAUGACAUAAGCAAGUAUUUCUGGUUCCACCAUUCUAAUGGAGACACAAUGUCAGUUCAAGAUCCAGUGCAAAUGAAUCUCUGUGCUGCUGUUUGGACUACUGUCUCCUACAUUGUGGCUGACAUGGAAGAAAUGUUACCAAGAAACUGACAUUCAAGCAUGUGAUUCCUAGGUAGUAAUGCAUCAUGUGGUGUACAGCUGUCUGGGCAACUUUCUUUUUCUCCAAACCAGUUUUUCAGUUACUGCUGCUACCUAGAAGCUUGUUUUAAAUCAAGCACACUGAAUAGUUUGGUCUGUUUUGCAUUAUGUCUUUACGUUUAUGUAAUAACGGUAAUGUUGUAUGUAAAUCUUGGAAUGUUGGCAGUAUGUUAUAAAUGAUGGCACUCUGCCCUAAAUUGAAUCAAAUAAAAUAAAAAAGCAGUGAAUCAAGAUUUAACAAAAAUGACUGUAACCAGGGUUAUGGGAUUAUACUGUUUUCUGUUAACUAGAGAAAAAUGUUGCCUCUUAGGAGAAGGUGAUCUGCUGUUUGAUGUUCAAACAGGGUACUAGCUAGAAAUUAAUAAAUAAAUGAAUGCUUUUA